AGUAUAGCAGAUUGCAUUGGGUUGCAGUUGUGUUAUGAUUUUGCUAUAGUGCGUUAUUACUAAUGGAAAGAGGUAUUGUCACUAUUGGGAGUGUGCAUGGAUAAAUGGGUAAAUGUGGACAUUUCUUUGCCUUAUUGGAUGUGACUUCUAAAGGUACUGGGACCUUUCCUGCCUUGGAGCAGAGAGAAUAAUCAAGAAGAGAAGAUGGAAAAGGCGAGAGGGUGAGACAAAGAGAAAACAUCCAAAGCUAUCAGCCACUUUAUAAAGCAGAGGAUAUGGCUUUCUUGGACAAUCCAGCCAUUAUUCUGGCCCACAUCAGGCAGUCUCAUGUGACCAGUGAUGAUACAGGGAUGUGUGAGAUGGUACUAAUAGACCAGGAUGUGGAUCUAGAGAAGUGCCAGCUGGCUCUGGUGCCUGGCAGCAGCUGUGGAUCUACAGGGUCGGAAUCAUUGAGUGAGGGCGGCAGCAGCAUGACAGAAAAUCAUGCCUGUGACCUGUCCCAGUCCAUGGACAUCACCUCCAGCUGGGACUUUGGCAUCCGUCGGCGCUCUAACACAGCCCAAAGACUUGAAAGGUUAAGGAAAGAACGGCAGAACCAAAUCAAAUGUAAAAACAUUCAAUGGAAAGAGAGGUCUUCCUCCCAUUCAGUGGAGGAUCUGGGGUCCCUGUUUGAAAAACGUGACUUUAAAGACAGGACGCGGACAACAGGAACCAAAUCGACCCUUUCACUGCGGCUGGAGCAGUGUCCCCAGCAGCUCAACAACCCUUUCAAUGAAUAUUCCAAAUUUGAUGGCAAGGGCCACAUUGGCACAACGGCUACAAAAAAGAUAGACGUCUACCUCUCGAUGCAGAUGGCCCAGGAGAAAGUACAUCCAAUGACAGUGGUGACCAUUGCCAACGCCCGCGUCCACGACCUCAUCGGCCUCAUCUGUUGGCAGUAUACAAGUGAGGGACGAGACCCCAAACUCAAUGACAAUGUGAACGCGUACUGCCUCCACAUUGCUGAGGAUGAUGGCGAGGUGGACACGGACUUCCCUCCACUGGACUCGAAUGAGCCAAUCCACAAGUUUGGUUUCAGCACUCUGGCCUUGGUGGAGAAAUACUCCUCACCUGGCCUCGCUUCCAGGCAGUCACUGUUUGUCAGAAUAAAUGCUGCUCAUGGUUUCUCUUUAAUCCCUGUGGACAGUCUGAAGGUAACCAUGAAGGAAAUUCUCCAGAAAGCCCUCAAGAAGAGGAAAGGCUCACAGAAAGGCUCAGGGCCCAUGUAUCGUCUGGAGAAGCAGACAGAGCCAAACGUGGCAGUAGACCUGGACUCCACACUGGAGAGCCAGAGCACCCUGGAGUUUUGCCUGGUCAGAGAAAACAGCUCCAGAGGCGAGGAGAGCUCGGAGGAAGACCCUCCUAUUGACAUCACCACAGUCCAAGACAUGUUGAGCAGUCACCACUAUAAGUCCUUCAAGAUCAGUAUGAUCCACAAGCUGCGCUUCACCACAGAUGUCCAGCUCGGCAUUUCAGGAGAGAAAGUGGAGAUUGAUCCUGUCACCAAUCAGAAGGCCAGCACUAAGUUCUGGAUUCGACAGAAACCCAUCUCUAUCGACUCGGACCACCUCUGUGCCUGCGACCUUGUGGAGGAGAGAAGCCCCAGUCAUGCAAUAUUUAAGCUCACUUAUCUCAGCAACCAUGACUACAAGCCGCUCUACUUCGAGUCUGAUGCGGCUACUGUCAAUGAAAUAGUUCUCAAGGUAAACUAUAUCCUGGAGUCCCGGGCCAGCACCUCUCGGGCUGAGUACUUUGCCCAGAAGCAGCGAAAACUUAGCCGCCGGACCAGCUUCAGUUUCCAGAAGGAGAAGAAAUCUGGCCAGUAGACAGACUGAAGAGGCUCAGCAACCAAGACAGACGCAUAAAUGCAGCUUGACUGUCUCAUACAAGACAGCUUUAGGCUAAACAGUGUGAAGUGGAGACUGAGAGGAAAGAGGAGUCAGAGGAGAUGAAACAGGGAUACUCUGCUUCAGCUGAACGAGUCAGAAGCAUCUGAAACUCAAUGGGUGAAGACAGUCCACGAGAAAAAACAGACAGGGACAGAGUUUUGGCGGCCAUGUCACCGUCAGUUCUUGUUUUUUCACUGCCUCUGAAUCUAAGCUCCCUCCUCCAGGAUGGAUUUGUGCAGCUUCAACGAGUUAGUUAUGUACACCCAGCAAACAAAACAAAGCUUCAUGCGAAAUCUUUGCUUCUGUCCUCCAUCUUUAACAGAUCAUUUAACAUAACAUGAAAAGAAUCUUCACAUGUUUUAUGUUCUGUACAUAGACGGUUUACAUUCAGGAAAUGAAAAAAUGAUGAGAAAUGAAGAAGCCCAGUCUGGAUUAUUAAAAUCAGGUCAAUACUCUUCUGCCUUGAAUCCGGAGAGCAAAUUCUUAACAUUAUCUACAUUUUAAAAUGACCUGUGGAAUCUACACCUUUUUAAAGCAGUUUGAACAAAAAGGGGACAGAAGGGACCGUUCAUUCAGGACUGUUGUGUCAGAUUGUAUUAGUUUUAGCUCGGUGGACCGAACCCAUUCUGUAAAUGGGCUUCAGCUCCCAACAACUCUCUGAAGAUGCUAAUAAUUGUAACUGUAACUGUGGCUAUUAGCUCUGAUCUCUGCAAUGAGGCUCAUUUGAAAAGAAAAGGGACAAUUUUGCACCAAACGCUUUCUUUUUGCCUUUCUGUGCAGGUUUGCUGCACAAUCCUUUUGUGAAUUCCCCCUUCAGUGUAUUUACAUUGUCUAGUGUGAUUUGGAAGGGCACCAUGUUUCUUUUAGGAUUUUAAACAAAAUGAUGCUUCAUAUGAAAGCUUUGGACAGGUUACAUUUUGAAUCUAGAGAAUCUGCAUAUGGGCCUUAUGGUGGAGCUGAUGUCUGCCUAACAAGCACCAUGGCUGAGUCAUAGGUAGAGACAUCUGUCAAUCAAACCAACACGCCCCCACACAUAAGUAAUAAAUCCUUCAAGGUACCCUGCAGAGUUGUGUGCCACGGGUUGUGCUAUGCAGCUGUGUUUGGAUGAAGACGCAGGUGGCAAAACACAAUUCUGCCGACAGUUCAGGCUGUUCCACUGAUGGACAGUGGGUGUAGGUAUCACACCAAGAAACGCAGCAAUGCUCCAGCAGAAGGUGGUGAAGACGCACUCGUACUCUCUCAACUUCCCCACAACAUGUCUUGGCACUUCUCGAUAUAACUGCUUACACUCCACAGGGUGUCUUUUUAAAGGAUCACAUGUUGUAUGUGGGAGGUAUUGGUUGCUGUUGUCAUUCUUUCUGUCCUUCAUAGAGGUGGAGGACAAAAUCCACAGUCCUGUGCAGUUACGCUAAGAUGAGGCUAACAUGGUUCUUAUGGUUCUGUUUGUACUACAUUAGCUGUCCACGACGACAGACAGCCUGCAUGUACAGUCCACACAGAUUGUAGGCAAGCUAAAUUCUGAGUGGAUCCUUAGGUGACAUUGACGUCAUGUAAACCCUCGAGCUAUUUGACGGGAAAAUGAUCAUUUGAGCUUUAUUUAGCUUGUCCUGGCAGUGUGUUUGUUUGGGGGUGUCACGAUUUCCAUUCUAAAUUGAGAAUCGGUCGAGCUUUCGAUUUCGUCCUUUGAAAUCUAAAGCAGGAAAAAAGAACUUCCCUAAACGGUUGCUUGCAGCUGCACUUUUGGAAGCCUGGCCACUGCCGGAGUCGAACAGACGGACGGAGAAACAACACAAGGGGAAAAUCCUCCUGCUUUGCUGAAGUCACCGUGUGGCAACGUUUUACGGAUACCAUACACCACAACACCAAACAUGUGGCAGGACAUAUUGGCAAAUACAUUUGAGCAGGAUGUGGUGGUCUUUGCAGGUGAGGAAAUACCCUCCUGCCUUCGAGUGGCGCUUCUUUUUAUUUUUGUGUUUAACAGUUUGUUCUCUGGUGAAAUAAGUUAUUGUUAUUACAUAAACUAUUAACAUUAGACUAUAUGGCAUUAGUGUGAUACAUGUGCCGUAUAUACUGUAUCACACUGGAUACCAUGUAGCCUAUCGUCUUAAAGAAGAAUUUCAAAAAGUAAAUGUGAGUUGUGAGGGCAUAAAACCAAUGACCUGUGGAUCUUUACCAUCAAGACUCCAUAGUCUAACAAUGGCAUAGCCGUCAGUGCAACAAACAAAAAAAAUCAAACCUUAGAAAUCAAAAGUUGAAUCGUAGAUUUGGAGAAUCGUGAUACCUCUUGUUUGUUGGCAGUGUGUUGUCCUGGCAACCCAUAUGUGACUACCAGGAUGUUUCUAGACGACAGCUCAGCAAGGAAACACAAAAAGACUAACUCUGGAAGAUUCUAUGGAAGGGUUCCAACAGCCGGUUGGAUCCGGUUCCAAGUUGGUGAAAUACCUGGAUGUUCUGUGUGGACGCACUUGAUAACUGCUAAAUACAGGAGGGCAUUCACAACAAAGCAGUGGAACAGCUCUCUCACUUUCACAUACAUUCUGGAUGUAUUUGAUAUUUGCUGAAUGAUACAGUACACUCCAUAUUUUUCCCACUGUGUUGUUUGUAUUUGUUCAGCUGUAGCAGAGACACUCAGUGAGGAGCAAAUGCAGCAAAUGGAAUUUCAGGGUCAAUGAAAGUCACAGAGUGUUGAACCAUGUCGUAAAAGCCUUUCAGCAGGUUGUAGGUUGUUGAGGUUUUGUCAUACUGAGUGAAAUAAAACUAGUACAUAUUUACAUACAGACAUAAGAAACGUCUUAAUUUACCAACAAACAAAUGGAUAAGGGAUCCAUAAGGUUUUGGAUUCCGCAGCAGAUUUGGCUCUGGAUUCAGAAGCCUAAUUUUAAGAGCUUUAGAAUGCAUUUUUCUCAGGGGAAUGGGGAAUGGAAUGAUUACAGUGAGCAAUGUAAAAAUCUGAACCUAUACUUUAAUAUCUUGAUUCCUCUCCUCAUUCACUUCAUUACAGCCGGUUUCCUCACAGACCUCUGGUGGCCAGUGGAGGAAGUGCAGGUGCACAAGUAGCUUUCAGUGUUCAGGGGUUGCUGUUAUUGCGAUAAAAGAACACAGUUCAUUCCUAACAAACAGGUUCUUGAUUGUUGACCUGUUUCACUGCUUUACACACUGCCAAUGUGUACCUCUCUCUGCUGCCUUUGGCUAAUGUAACUAGCCUAAUGUUACUUGAAGUUGAAACACGUAUCAACACACCGCCACCAGCAGGUGAAGAACCAACACUUGACUGUAGAAGUGACUGAGCAAGAGUUAAAGUAAACCUGUACAUCUGCUCUUUGCUGAAUGUUUCAUACAGUACUGCUAUGACUCUGUACAAACAAAGAGGCAUAUUUCCAUUGGAAGUGCAAUGCCUUCAUCCAAAUGUAGACGCGCUUUCUCUCAAUUAUGACUUUCACAUCUAAUAAUUAUGAUUUAGCAUCUUGCAACAAUGGAAAAAGCAUCUGAUGUUUAGGAAAUCUUAGAUAUUUUGGUAUCAUGAUGAUACCAACAUGUCUGUCUUAAGGCUAAAGGGUUUCUACCUGUUGAAUGUCUGCGCCUGGCUGCACCCCCUGCCUGCUGAUCUCUCUGUGUCUGAAUCCAAUUGUGUAGUCCGAGCCCUCACACUCUUCUAUCACAUGUACUGCGAUGUGUUCAACGUCAAUGGAGAUGAACAAACAUUCCUUAACAGUACUGAUAAUGGCAAUUUAUACAGGAUGUGUGCACAUCUGCUGCUUUACAUAGUAGCUAUACAGAUAUGGUCAGUACGCUGUUAAUAUUUCUUCAUGUAAGUGAGGAUCCUCACACUGGAUCUGUGUGGAUUAUAAUCCAUAAUCUGCAGCCUGUAUGUGUUUUAUCAAGCUUCACUACGUCAAAUGUACAACAAAAAUGAGAAAGCAAAUGUCUACAAUUAUUAUUAUUUCUUCUUUUUUCUGGAGGUCCACUUGCGGCGCCUUGUUGAUGUAGUAACACGUCGUUAAAUCCUUGAGUCUGAAAAUGUGUUGAAGUCCGUACAUUUGGAUGCAGCAUGUGUUCUGUGUUUAUAGUCCUGACACUCUGUUGGGAGCAUGCUGAGACUCGGGUCACACUGUACAGGAUGCAGAUGCAGCCUUGAAGACCUCAGUACAGUAUUUCAUACUUCUGCGUCAACUGUCAAAUAAAGAAGACAAGCCAGAACUUCAUUUUGGACAACAUGUUUAAUAAUGGCAUGCAGAUACUUCUUCAAAUUAAAAUCGUGGAUUGGAGUUAAACUCCAACCCGUUCUUUUUUAAAUAGGCAAUGUUUGUCAUGUACAAGACAUCCAUGGUGAAGAAACCAUUUGAUUUGAUUUGAUGUGACCUAGUUAUAUAUAAAUCAUAUAUUAAAUCAUCAGUGAGGGACAAUAAACAUUGCAACCUA